UUACUUGAUGAUUGGUCGGGAGGCGAUGGCGAAGCGGAUGGAGGCGGGGCCAUGGGCCGCUUCCGGCUAGGCGGUGCUUGAACGCGUGAGCUGAGCCCUAGGGUGAACAGCGGCCGCAGUAUCCUGGGCUGUGUCGACACCGGGACAGAUCUGAUCAUGGACCUGCGACAGUUUCUUAUGUGCCUGUCCCUGUGCACAGCCUUUGCCUUGAGCAAGCCUACAGAAAAGAAGGACCGUGUACAUCAUGAGCCUCAGCUGAGUGACAAGGUUCAUGACGAUGCCCAGAGUUUUGAUUAUGACCAUGAUGCCUUCUUGGGGGCUGAAGAAGCAAAGACCUUUGAUCAGCUCACACCAGAAGAGAGCAAGGAAAGGCUGGGAAUGAUUGUAGAUAAAAUAGACGUGGAUAAAGAUGGGUUUGUGACGGAGGGGGAGCUGAAAUCCUGGAUUAAGCACGCCCAGAAGAAAUACAUAUAUGACAAUGUUGAAAACCAAUGGCAGGAGUUUGAUAUGAAUCAAGACGGCUUUAUCUCCUGGGAUGAGUACAGAAACGUGACUUAUGGCACUUACCUGGAUGAUCCAGACCCUGAUGAUGGAUUUAAUUACAAACAGAUGAUGGUAAGAGAUGAGAGGAGGUUUAAAAUGGCAGACAAGGAUGGAGACCUCAUUGCCACAAAGGAGGAAUUCACAGCUUUCCUGCACCCUGAAGAGUAUGACUACAUGAAAGACAUAGUAGUACAGGAAACAAUGGAGGAUAUAGAUAAGAAUGCUGAUGGUUUCAUUGAUCUAGAAGAAUAUAUUGGUGACAUGUACAGCCACGAUGGAAAUGCCGAUGAGCCAGAAUGGGUAAAGACAGAGCGAGAACAGUUUGUUGAGUUUCGAGAUAAGAACCGUGAUGGGAAGAUGGACAAGGAAGAGACCAAAGACUGGAUCCUCCCCUCAGACUAUGACCACGCAGAGGCGGAAGCUAGGCACCUAGUCUAUGAGUCAGACCAAAAUAAGGAUGGCAAGCUUACGAAGGAGGAGAUUGUCGACAAGUAUGAUUUAUUUGUGGGCAGCCAGGCCACAGAUUUUGGGGAGGCCUUAGUACGACAUGAUGAGUUCUGAGCUGCAUAUAGAGGAACCCACGUCUCUUCAAAAGUAAUUUAUUUUUACAGCUUCUGGUUUCAUAUGAAAUUGUUUGCGCUACUGAGACUGUUAUUACAAACUUUUAAGACAUAAAAAGGCAUAAUGGAAUAAGGAAAACCAUCCCGUCCCCAUUCCUCCUCCUCCUCCUCAGGACUGGAGGGAAAAUGUGCUUCUGAGGAACAACUCUACUUAAUACACUUGUGUUUGUAGAUUUACACUUUGUAUAAUGUAUAACAUGGUGUGCUUAUUUUUGUAUUUGUUCUCUAGUUGGGAGUAUGAUAUGAAGGAUUAAGAUCCUCAACCCAAACAUGUAGGCAAACAUUAACCUUUACUCUUCCUCAAUCCUUUAUCAUGUAAUUUUUAUAAUGCUUACUUAACUAACUUUUUAAGCCUGAGAUCAGUAAGAAUAUGUUCAGGAGAGAAAAAAGGAAAAAUAUAUACUCCACAAUUUACGUUUAAACAUAUUAACACUUAAUCUUGCUGUUGAAAAACGUAGUAUUUCACAAGUAGUAGUGGUUACAUACUUCAUUCAGUUGCUGUGGGUCCAGUAACUGAUCAUGCUGUUAGCUGGGCAGGGAUAGAUCCCUAUGCUAUAAGAAAACUUGGACCAACUUGACUUCAUUCUUUUUUUCCCCUAUAGGACUAGCUGUUUGCUAAUUUUGUAAAGCACAGCUGUGGUGGGAAGAGUUAGGGCCAGUGACUCGAAAAUCAAGUAGUGAGUGUGAUCUCUUUACAGUUAUUUCUAGCUCUUAAUAGAGCUGUUGCCAGCUAGGAACAGCUGGAAAACUAAAUGAAAAAUACAAAUGUGUUUUGAGCAUACAUUUUUUUUCUGGGUGUGCAUCUGUAAAAAUGCUCCAAACAUAAUUAUUUGCCUGUUGAAAUCACUGUAAGUGCUGCAUCCAGCUCCUCUUCCCCGGGAAUUGUGGUUUCACUGCAGUUAAAAAUCACUCCUUUCCAAUCGUGUCAUUGAAAGUGCCUUUAAUGAGAGAAAUGAUCAUUGAAUGAGAAUUUAACCUUAGAAACCUAAGAUAAAAUAGAAUAUUUGGACAAUUUUAUAUAAAAACUUAGGACCUCUCAAUGCAGUGGGGAUUUUUUUUCCUUCCUUUUCUCUUUGGACUGUAGUUAAAUAGCAGUAUUAGUUACAAGCUUGGUUGCAGUGUUCUUAUCUUGUGGGCUGGUUUCCAAAAACCACAUGCUGCUGACUUCACCAGGGAUCCUCAUACCUCAGAUUGCAAACCACUCACUACCAGGCCCCUCUGUCGACCAGAGUGCAGAGUGUGAGCUCAGAACCCACAAAGAGGGCUCUUUGGUUUGAGGAACAUUGUUCACCUUUCCUGCCUUUGACCUCCACCACCAUCUCCACCUCCAAAUGAAAAAAAAGUUAAUCAUAGAUUAGCAAUUGGCCAAUUCCUAGCAAAGAGUAGGAUGCUGUAGAAGAAGCUAAAGAAAGCUCUGUUUCCAACUCCAUUUUACCCAUAUUUUAUGUAAGAUGAAUUUUGUCCAUUUUGGUCCGUUUCUUACCAGUGGGCCUCUUUUGAGAAGAAUUAUUGUAUUCCAAGUCUUUAGCCCUCAGGUUAUUAAGAUAAAUAUAUAUAUAUAACCUUCAUUAUUUCCUGUAUCUGGAUAAUGCAUUCAGGUGGUGCUGGGUGAUGAUUAUUUCUGAACCUAGGUGUAUCCUUUGGUCUUCCAUAAUCCUGUUGAGGUAGGCUGCUUGGUGUGGUGAAGAACCAGAGUCAUGUCACUUCACCCAGCCUUUGCAUUGAGCUCUUGAUAGUGGAUGCAGUCUUCAGGUUUAACCCCAACAAAGGGUCAUGGACCUUUUCUACCCUCACAGAUUUCCCCUUUUUAAUCGUUGAGAAGACCAGAGAUAAUUAAUAAUGCCACCGACCAUGGCUUAGAGAGGGCACAUCAUGAACUGUGUGACAAGACAGCCUUGCAGCUCAUAAGGUGCAGCGAGCCCAGGCUUGAUGUGAAAAUCACGAGUCAAUAAACCAUAACCUGCUAGGAUGGCAGCUUCUGGAUGUAGGGGAUUCAGCAGCAAGGAUUGUACUCUCUGUGAACGCCUUGGGGUUUUUGGUGUGUUUUUUUAUUGUUUUUGGUUUACAUCAAGCCUGAGGUGGGUGAACUAUAGCUGCACACCCAUAGUGUGUUCUACGAGUGCUAGCUCUCUUGAAUUUGGAUAUUGGUUAUUUUUUAUAGAGUGUAAACCAAGUUUUAUAUUCUAUAAUGAAAACAGGUACCUGUUUCUAAAUAAAACUAUUUACAUUUGUCGUGGGAUAA